UGUAACGGAGUACUUGCUCCCCCUCUCUCUCUGUGUCACUUGGACUCAGUCAUGUCAAACAACAGCGCCGCGAACAGCAGCCUAGCCAUCGCCCAGAAGGCAGUGAAGCAGCUUCGUCUGGAGGCCAGCGUCCGUCGGAUAAAGGUUUCUCAGGCAGCUGCAGAACUGAAGACCUUCUGUUUGCAAAAUGCCCACAAAGACCCUCUCCUCACCGGGGUGCCCUCCAGCGAUAACCCAUUCAGGCCUCCCAAGUCAUGUGUCCUCCUCUGAGACGGCUGCGACGGAAAGCAAAACACGCAAACAGACGCCUGAUCGCUCCAGUGUGGAUUCCUGUCAUGUGCCCCGCUGCCUCUGAGGAUAAAGAAGCCAAGACGACACACAAACACGCAUUGGGUUUACUCAGGCCACUUUUAGGGACAUUACAUAGAUUUACAUUCAUUUCCCGGAGACUUUCCCUAACCACAACAUUGGAUCCGGCCUGAACCACUGACCCAAAAAUCUGCUUUUUUCCAAUUGGUGACACAACUUUUGUCCCCGCUUGGACACGCUGUCCCCAGGUAACUGGUCUGUUUGUCCCUGAAUGUGCGAUUGUCACAGGAGCAGCUGUGGAAUAAGAGAAAUGUAUUUUCACUGGAUGUGUGGUUCCAUGUGUUUCUAAUGUUUUGCUCUUUUCAUAGGUCAUAGAUCUUCACUGCCUUUACACAGCAGGCCUUAACGCCAAUUCUGUCUUUCUGACCAUGUCCAAUGUUUUGACCACUUGUUAACGCCUGCUUUUACAGUAGAACUGCACUUUUUACAGUGGUUGUUAUUGGAUGGCAAAAAUCUUGGAGUUGAUGACAAGAUGACUAAAAAAGACCAUGAAAGUCACAUCAGCAGACACCAGAUUCCUGUCUGAUGCGUUUCUAUUUAUGAACAUAACCCAAAACAGAUCUGAGCCCCCACCGCCCCACCCACACUGCAGUGGGAUUUCCUAUCAUACCAGUGAGCAAGAGACAAAAAUCAAAAGAACUGUAUUUACCAACAGCUGUUUUUGAGCUAUUGAUUGCUAUUGAGUCAUUUAUUUUGGACAAACAGCAGCCUUUAAAUAUCUAUAACCAUUCUAAUGUCAUUUAUAAAACAAAAGAAACCUUUGUUAGAGAAAAGGGGGGUUCUGGAAACCUGAUAAAACUUGUAAAUUGAUGGGUAUUUGCUGCUCUUGUAUAGUUCAUACAGUUAAAAAAUGUCCCACAUCUCAUGUGCACUGUCAUUAUUAUUGGCCAUUAAAAUUCACCA